AUGGGCUGGCCCGCCGAUGAUGACCAACCAGUCGAAGAACAAAGAGCUGAGUGGAAAUACGACGUAGUGCAACCAUUGACCCUUCGUCUGGCGCCCAGUGGAAACCAAGCAUUCCAAUGCCACCUCAGUGUGUCUGGCAACUCCGCUCCAAUCAAGGAGGACACCACAAUCGAAUCGAAUGAAGUGCCCAUCAAGGUAGAGCCGGAUGACGAUGAAGUGGUGAUGGAAUCAAAUGCCGUUAGCGUGAAGGUGGAACCGGAGGCCAACGAAGAGGUGAUGCAACCUGAGAUCAAUGCUUUAUGUCAGUCCUAA